GAUAUGAGGCGCAAGGCGGCGGGCUGGUCGGCAGUGCCUCGCAGCUCCUGCUAGUGAUGUAUGCCCGCGCAUACUGAUAUGCUCCUGUCAAAUGCUGCGUCGCAAUUCGGCUGGAUGCUCGUGCUCUCCAACUUUCGCCAACUUUUGGGAAUGGUCGGGUCGGAUCGCCAGAUAGGCGGUGGGGGGCGGCAAUAAAUGGGAGCUCCGUCACCCCGUCAACCAGCUACUGGUGUUUGCCCUUCCCCUUCGCGCUUCCACCGCUACUUGCUUCAAUUGCGUUAACGACAACUCGCCCAAUUCUUCGACACUCGGCAACCAGCAGCACGGGGAGGGAGGUUCUUUUGCUUCUUUAAUUUAAACGACACCUUUUUACUGUCCUUACUGCAUUGCGAAAGCUGCCUAUAUUGAUAAUGUCUGUGCGUGUUGUUGCCAGGAUACGGCCCACUCUGGGCAAGGAGCUCGAGAAGGAUACGAUUGUGCGAGCGGAAGCCAGCGAAGAUGGGAAGCCGAUGAACAUUGUCCGCAUACCGAACCCAAGGAACGAGGCGGAGGAGUUCAGCUUCGCGUUCAAUGGCGUCUACGACCAGAGCACGAGCCAGGAGGAGCUCUUCACGAACGAAGUUUCUCCACAUCUCAAAGCCCUAUUCCAGGGACUCGAUGUCACGAUAUUCGCAUACGGAGUUACGGGGACGGGGAAGACGCACACAAUGCGUGGUGGCUUGAAGCUCUCGGAGCGUGGUGUCAUCCCCAGGCUGCUCAGCGGAAUAUAUAGACGUGGGCGAAAGGUGGUCAAGGAUUCCGGGGGUGAGACCUCGGUCUCCGUGUCGCUGUCUUACUACGAAAUCUAUAAUGACAAGGUCUUCGACCUGCUUGAGUCGCCAGAUAAGCGCUUGCCGGCUGGACUGCCAUUGCGCGAAAAGGAUGGGAAGACAAUCGUGGUUGGCCUGUCAGAGCGUGAAUGCAAUGACUUGAAGGACUUCGAGGGUCUAUACAUCGAGGCGAACAACAAUCGCAGUACAGCUGGCACGAAGCUAAACGCGCAGAGUUCGCGUAGCCAUGCAAUCUUGAUGGUGAAGGUUAUUCAGACAACGGGUGACGAAUCGAGGAUAAGCACUGCUUCAGCCAUUGACUUGGCUGGAUCAGAGGAUAACCGCCGCACUGAAAACGGGAAGGAGAGGAUGGUGGAGUCUGCUAGCAUCAACAAGAGCUUGUUCGUCCUGAGCCAGUGCAUUGAUGCUAUCAGCAGAGGGGACAAGAGAGUCCCAUACAGAGAGUCGAAGAUGACUAGGAUCUUGUCGUUAGGUCAGAACAGUGGCAUAACUAUCAUGGUCCUGAAUCUGGCUCCGCUUCGAAGCUAUCAUCUCGAUACGCUGAGCAGCUUGAACGUUAGUUCCAGGGCCAAGAGGAUCGAGGUCCGCGAGAUUGAGAAUGAAGUGGUUUUCAAACAACAUCCGAAAUCGAUGUCCAGUCUCUCAGGAUCGACGAUCAACCGACAGCCGUUGCGCCCUCUGGCAAACGCACACAAUACGAACAUAGCGCCAGCUGCUGCUACCACGAAGGCAGGAGACAAACCGAUGAAGGCUUUCUCAGUCUACUCGGAUCGUACCAAGCCUACAAAGCCAGCUACGACUGUCACACGGACGAACUCUAAGCGCUUGUCAGACGGCGCCCGUCCUUCAAGAACCGCGCGUCCAGCUUUAUCCAGUCGAGCACCUGCUCCUGAGCUGUCAACCGCCAAAAUUGAAGAGAUGGUCGAGCGCAAGGUUUCCGAAAUCCUAGCUUCGCGCGCUGCGCAGACGGCGCCUGCACCCAUCCCCGCUGCGGUGAGUGAUGAGGUACAGCGCCGCCUGGACGCGCUGGAGCGCAAGAUUGAGGAGAGUAAUGGGGCAGCAGAGGAUGCACGGAAUGAGGGGCUAAGGUUCCUGUUAAUGGCAAAGCAACAUAAAGAGCAUGGCCAAGAUAGCAGCGCGUUGAAGAUGUAUGAGAUGGCGUUGCCGUAUUUUCCAGGCCAGGUGAAGCUGGAGAGGAAGAUUGAGGCACUACGCGCAAGAAUCAGGGCGAAGAAGGAAGAGGAGCAGCAUCAUCUGAUGGCACAGAAGCACCAGAGUCUACCUACGAGCGGACAUUUGGCUACAAGACCUAUCCAGCAGCUUCCAACCCCAGCGCCAUCUUUCGAGGCUGUCUCCGAGGCGCCAGCGUCGAAGAAGCGCAAGAUGAAGGUGCGCCCUGAUAACGACGAUGAUGACUUCAGCGGCUCUAUCGUUGCCGAUGAAGACUCGUACGACGACGAUGAUAACCUCAGCCACAAGCCUCUUAAGGUCCGCAAAUCCAAAGCUCCAAAGCCUUUUGUCUUCACCUUCGGUGACGAAGCAGCGGCCCUCACGCCACGCAAGCGCUUCAUCCUCGACGCGGUGAACUCGCGUGACAUUGGGCAGAUUAAGGGGCUCAAUGGGAUCGGGGCGAAGAAGGCAAGGGAUCUACUGGAGUUCCUGGACUUGCAGGCUGAGGAAGAGGGGGGUAGAAUUGAGAGUCUGGGGCAGCUGGUUGGGGUGCCCGGAAUGGGUGGGAAGACGGUGGAGAGGAUGUAUGAGGGCGUUGCUGUUGGUGUUUGAAAGGGGUGUUGUGUAUACCCGGUGCGCGGUUUGGGGAUGAUUGUUCCCAUACGUGCUUGUCUUUUGAGCCGUUUGGAUUAGGGGGCGUUUGCAUUUGCAUGUGCUAGGAGUUAUUGGAAGGGGAGGGGUUUAUCUUGGGGGCGUUGUUUGUCUGGUUAGACACGUUUGGAUUUUAGGCCGUUCAAUUGACGAUUUGGC